AUGUUAAACGUUAAUAUUGAUUUUUAUUAUUGUGACCCUCAACCAGAAGACGUAGACAUUAACAAGGUAGACUUUCCAUUAGUGGAAUCAAUAAUGAUAGAUCCAGAAUUUGAAACAGUAAAUAUUUUAUUAACACAGAGUCCAUGCGGAAAACUUCACGCUGACAAAAUUACAGACGUUGAAGCACUCACAGGAUAUAAAGUUUGCCCCUUUUGCAAAGAAGAAGUAUAUUCUAUCCGUGAUGAUCCAGAAAGGAAAAACCAAAGAAGAUUUUUAAAACAUUGUGAGAAAUGUAAAGAAAAUAAUGGAAGAUUAAUUCAAGACGUUCAAUUGCAAAAGACCCAGCAACCAUAUGCACCACAUAUUACGAAACAGAAGAUAUAUCAAUGGUUAUUAGCACAUAAUUUGCAGGAAUAUUAUAAACCAACAAGAUAUUAUAUUACUUUUGACUUCGAAACAUUAGAGACUAAAGAAGAACUUCAACUUUCCGAAUGUGCAACUUUGAACGCUUACUUAAAACCAUUUAUGGUAUCAUCAACUGUCAAAAUAAAGCCGCAAACGGACUCUUUGAGUCCUGAAGGUCUUUCAGACCGAAGCGGCGAGGUCGUAGACCAUGAUAAAACAUUUACGAGGAAUUUUUGCUUAACAUCAAGUGAUUCGUUCAUCUCUGAUUGGAUUGAAUUUUUAUUUUCAACCUGUUCAUUAGUUGCUAAAUCAAAUAUUGAACAAUAUGAAGAAUUAAUGAAGCCACAAACGGCGGGGACUUUGUCCCAUACAUUAAAUGAGAAACAGAAGGAAGCAAUGAAAGAGCUUUUAGAUGAAGAAUUUAAUAAAGUGAAUAUCAUAGGUUUUAAUUCGGGAAAGUUUGAUUUAAAUUUAAUUCUUCGUGAUUUAAAUACUGCAAAAUGGAAGAUAAAAUCAAUGCUGGGUUCUUCUUCUCAAUUUAAGCAAGUCAUAGUAAAGAAAACAAACUGUCCAUAUGAAUUGAGAUUUAUUGACAUCAGAAAUUAUAUAGCGGGUGGAACAUUAGACCAAUUUACUCAAGAUUUCGGAAACAAUAAAACAC